AAUGUAUAUUUUCUUGAGAAAGAACUUAGCUGAAUUAUCUUCAGAACUCAUUAUAAAUAGACAAAACCACGCCAGACCGAGACCAUUUACGGUCUCACACCGAUGCAAACAAGACUCCUCCUCCUCCUCUCGUUUUCCAAAUCCGGGUCAAUGGAGUGUGAAUCCUUCUAAGAGUUGAAAGUGGUGCAUUUUUUAGUUAUUGGAAAACAUCAUCCAGUUUGAAAUAGAAAUGGCUCCUGGGGGCAGUGCUUUUAAAGAAGUUCUUGAAUUAGUUGCAGAAUGUGACAUUGCAACGUCAAAAUCAGAAAAUAACAUUGCACCUACAAAAGGUACUGUUAUUCUGAGUGGAAAGCACGGGGUUUAUUCAAACAAUGGUGUCCAUGAACUCCUUGAGUGUCCUGUCUGUACAAAUUUAAUGUAUCCUCCAAUUCACCAGUGCCCAAAUGGACACACUCUAUGUUCAGCCUGCAAGCUUAGAGUACAUAACUGUUGCCCUACUUGCCGCUAUGAUCUUGGAAAUAUACGGUGCUUGGCUUUGGAGAAAGUUGCAGAAUCAUUGGAGCUGCCCUGCAAAUACCAGAGUUUAGGAUGUCUUGAUGUUUUCCCAUACUACAGCAAGCUCAAGCAUGAGCAACACUGUCGAUUUCGUCCAUAUAGCUGCCCUUAUGCUGGGUCUGAGUGUUCUGUCACUGGUGACAUCCCUGCCCUUGCUGCCCAUCUCAAGGACGAUCACAAGGUUGAUAUGCAUGAUGGGUGUACCUUCAAUCAUCGUUAUGUCAAAUCAAAUCCACAUGAAGUUGAAAAUGCCACAUGGAUGCUUACUGUAUUUAACUGUUUUGGAAGACAGUUCUGCUUGCAUUUUGAGGCUUUCCAACUGGGCAUGGCACCUGUCUAUAUGGCCUUCUUAAGGUUUAUGGGUGAUGAUAAUGAAGCAAAGAAAUUCAGUUACAGCUUAGAAGUUGGUGGCAAUGGCCGAAAACUGGUAUGGCAAGGAAUUCCCAGGAGCAUCCGUGAUAGUCACAAGAAAGUUCGCGAUAGCCAGGAUGGUCUUAUUAUUCAAAGGAAUUUGGCUCUCUACUUCUCUGGCGGGGAUAGGAAAGAGCUGAAGUUGAGGGUUACUGGUCGUGUAUGGAAAGAAGAAUGAGAUUGAAAGCUGAUGCUAAGAUUAUUGUACAGUUAACAAAAUUUAGGAGGACACCAGUGUUUCUCAACGCGCCAAAGAUGAAGCUUUGGUUAUUCGAUUGGUGCUUUCAGUUGUCUUGGUGUUUGUGAUCGAGAUUGGUCUCUGGCGUCCAUUUUGUCAGCGCGGUUGUAUGGAGCAGAUUUCUGCUGACUCUGUAAGAACUGGAUAUUCGGUGUGAAAUCUGCUGGCUGAGGGAUCUGUGCAGCUCAAGCAUUUGUAGUCAACACAUUUUGGAUAUCACUGAAUGUACUGAAUUCUAUUUUGCUAUGUUGUUGUUCCUCAUGCCCACAUUGAGGUGAGAAGAAUGAAAAUAUCAACUCUCUCUCCUUAUAUGUCUCACUAAUAUCAAUUGAUACUGUACCUGCAAACCUGCAAGGUUUACCACCUCUCUUCUUAAUCUUUAGCAGCCAUAGUUUGAACUC